ACCUGAUCCGGCUAUUACGUAGCAAAAUAACAAUCCUCGCGAAUAUUUGCCAUUUCUCUCUUCUCUCACACACACACACACCUUAUCAGAAUCCUGAAACUCGCAUAACCCAAUUCUCACUAACGAAAUCUCUCGCUCCCUAUAUCCUUUUCUCUCCCCAAUUGCAUCUCAACAACAUUCCAGGACACGAUAGCCAAAGGCAGGCACGAUACCAAAGCAAGCAUUCCCCAUUCAUGACCUGCUCUCAAUUCAGCAUCAGUUGGCGAACCAUUAUUACCUCACAUCACAUCCACCGAAACGGGGCGUUUAGCAAACCAUUCGCAUCCUCACCGCGUCGUCAGUCAGUAGAGUUUCGGCCGGCACCCAGUGAGCAAGCAUCUUCUUUUGGAGUCUCCGCGCGAAGUGUUCUAACAUCUACCAAAUAUCCCAUUCAUCAUAAGCCUCUGGAUAGAUCCGGUCGUUGCCUCCGCCACUGCGACCGCGCCGCUGGUUCCUUGCCGUUGAACCGGGGACAAUAAGUGAUUGAAAUUGGGGCAUCACCAUUCUGCUAGGGAAUCCGAAGCUUUUCUAAAGUGGGGUGGAGUCAGUUGUGGUGUUGUUUUCUACCGAGUUCAUCCGUCAAGAAGAAUACCAUCGCCACCCCGCCCGUGCGGUCAAGAGCAAGAGGUUAAUCGCCCGGAAACGAGUUCGCGUGAUACUGUGCGGUGGUGGUGUGGCAGAUCCCCGUUGAUUCAAGUGGAAAAGUGCGUGUCAGUCGGUUGUUUUCUCAUAACAAGCUCGUGCGGUGAGUUGUUGUGCUAUCAUCAUCCCCCAGCCCGCUUCUCUGCCUUCGUGAAGAAUACGCGUAUUAAUGCUGGAAAGCUCUCCCAGCGGUACUUGUCAGGUGCUGGCCAGAAGCAAGGUAUACCGGUAGUCGUUGUUGGCGAGGUCUUGUGAAAGUGAAACUUUGUUAAGGGAAAAAAGCGAAAUCGUGUGCACGGUGGGAAUAUUUCUUGGAAGAUGAAAGUGCUAUGUUUGGUGGAUCUAUCUGAAUCUUGACAAAUUGAAAAAAGUUACUCCACAAACCCCACGGAAUGUGCUAAUCCAAUUUCAUAAGGACAUCUGAAUUCGUCAUCAUCAUCCACAUCGGCUACUUUUGUUAUCGCUACUCGCAGCUUGUAAACCCGGAAGGACUACGUUUGGUUGACACUUCAUCCUUCCCGGAGCACCGAAUACUGCGAAAACCAGAGUGCAAACAUGUUCUCCUUUUGCUCAAAACCACCCUCGGAUGCUUCGUCGUCGCAACGCACUCAACUGGACGGCACAUGUAAAGGAUGCAGCUGUAAAUUCUCAUCGAUCGGCAAGCAGAUAAAAGGCGGAUACCUGUUAAGAUACAAAAAAUCGGUUCUCUGGAGUCGAUGGUCGGAGGAAUGGGUGGUGCUCUACGACGACUCGACGAUGGCAUGGUUCACGGAACCCGGCCGAUCGUCUCCAGCGGGUAAAAUCCUCGUCAAGGAAGCACCGGAGAUGCUGGCGAUAGCACACUGGACCGGACAGAUCCCACGGCGGCCACCCCUCCCGGACGGUGUCAGCGUGUCACAGCUCAUCGCGCUGGGGUCCCGGCGGAAACGGUCCAAGGUGUACUGGAUGAUAGCGAAGAGCGAAGAGGAAGUCAACGACUGGAUUGCUGCCAUUACAAAAACGCUUCCACCACCACCACAAAUUGAGCUGGUAGUCGACAAACCACACGCGAUGGGAGUGUUGCGAAGACCAAUCGUGCGGAUACGACCGGCCACCAGCUCCGAGGUGUCGGCCCGGCGGAAAAAUCGCACCAACAUCGAGAACAACACAACCAAGGUGCGCAGCGAGGCGGCUGUGGCCAUCAUCAAGAAGAACACCCCAGAAAGCUCAGACCCGAAGGGAUCGUUGGCCUGUGCGCUGCCCUGGGGCCACGGCUGGGGUUGGGCGACCCUGCCGAAUGGCAUCUGGAGCGGAGCACUGACCUGGUCCCAGUGCGAGGACUCGAUCACGCUGCACGCCCUGCCAACGACGCACUGCACCAACUUGAUCGAGGCGCCGUGUUCCAGCGGAAUCUACCACACCGACAUCAGCCCGUUCGACUUCCACGGGAUUGAGGACGUCGGCGGCGAGGACUUCGACUACGCAAUGGACUGUGGCGAUUUUAUAUUUUAAACGCUCUCGACUCGAAUACCACACAGCCAGCGCAAAGUAAAAAGCAGACAUAUCCGUAGUGUCCGCGUGGAAUAUGGAGCUCGGAAGUGUGAUGACCGCGUAAUACGAAAAAAUAACGAUCGGUAUAGAAGGAGGUUUGAUUAUGAAGUACUUUGAAUACACAUUGAAGAUAGGUUUAUAUACCGCCACGGAAACUUUGCACUGCAACGAUGCAAAUCAACAUGCGGAUCUGGAAGCGGAACAGUAGAGUAGUGGCCAACGACUCUACUGCAGGAUGCAGCCCAGUUAAUUAGAUGUUUUUAGAAAACCCCCGUAUCAACAAAAUCCACCGAUUACACUUCAAAACAAAACAAGUAAGAAUAGAUAAGGUAAGCGCGGAAAAGGAACGCAUGUUAGUGUAAACCACAUAAAACCCAUUCGAUGUCAAAUGUAUCCAACCGUGUAGUCGAAACCAGUAAGUCAAAAUGUUCGUAAUCCACAAUCGAAUCAUAGAAUGUAAACACUAGCCAGAGAUUUUCAUGCAACAAUAUUGAAUUAUACCGAAACCGUGUAGCUUGAAACAUAUGUGUAAACCCAUAAACGUCAUAAACGAAAAACUAAAACCAAGCAAGCCACGAUUGAAGAGAAUGUAAGUGUGUGUGUAUUCCACACAUGCGAUUUUGCUAUACAUAAAGUUUGUAUAAAUGGUUUUAUAUAGUACUUUAGAGAUAUUGAACAUGAAUGUUUAAGAUGUAACUGGUUAUAUGCCUACCCUUAGUGAGAGUAAAGGCAAAAAGGGUGUCAUUUGUAGCGAUCGUUACCGCAGUUACCGUGUUACAAGCGGUAAACAAUUUUUUCAGACUAUUUAUUGAUACCGAUGAUAUGAUUGACUAGGUCGAUUAAGGUGCACUGCACACAAAUACACGCAUUAUCGAGAGUAAACCCAGCUGGAAGCUAGGGUUUUUAAUUUUAACAGAAGAUCAAUGAUAAAAAUGAAGAAGAACAAAUAAUGCCUUUCCAAACAACAUAAACAUUGACUCAUAGUGAAUGCUUUUACCGGUGAAUCACACACUCACAAAAAAGAAACACAAAUCUCUAAAUUAAACGAAUCAAUUUGAGAGUUUUUAAAUAAUCAAAAUUAGACUUUAAUCAAGGUUAGACGAAUUAAUUUAUUUAUCGUUGCAAACGAACCGAAAUUUUCAUAUUGCUUGAUUUUUUGGAAGAAUUUGACAAUUUUAAGCGAUUGUUUAGCACGGCGUUCAGAGUAUUUAAACGAGAAGACACCCCCGUUCCCCUAUUUAUUCACCGAAAGCGGUGGACACAAGUGGGCGCUGAUUCGACAAAUUUAUCGGUACAAAAACCGCAACAAAAGAAAUUGAGGUAAAGCUUAAUUCUACAUUAAACACUAAAUGAGAGAGAGGGAGUCAGAUGGAAAAGAGGAAACCAAGAAGAGAGAAAACCCAUGUGGAAGAAAUUAAUAAAAAUAUGCAGAAGCAAGAAUGGACAACACACCCUACAUUUAAUCUUAGAAAGUAGCGUUAAACAAUAAACGAAGUAAAACAUAGAGACUGUACCUACCGAGAUAAAAAAACAAGUAAGUUUUUACUAGUGACAAGCGAUCCUUCUUGUUUCAAUUCUGUCUGAUUUCGGAUCUUUUAAGUAAGUUACAUUUGUAAUUGUGUAAGAAUUUUGGAGCAAAAGUUAUCGUCAACAAAAGUAAUGAUUGGCUCAAAGUCAACAUAGUAUUUAAGCUGACACUAAACCAAACAAGUCGAGAUAUAUGUAGGUUUUAGAGAAAUAAACACAAGCAACAAAGUCGAACUGACAGCUGUCACGCAUUGGCCGUCACGGUGAUCAGACGUCAGUCUCAUCGGAAUCAGCGACAACACUGUAGCCAAUCCAAUGAAUAAUCCACUUAAAACUACGGGUAGGGCCUAGCAUUCGAUCAUAUUUAUAUAAGCGUAACUUUCACUUCCUCACAGACAAGCCGACGCGGUAAUCAUCUUGAAUUCGUUUCUACGGGAGUGACUCUAGUAUUGCGAAGCCUCAAAACAACAGCUUUGCAAAACUACUGUCCCGCCCCUUGGUGACAGUGUCACCAAAAACCGAAUCGGCUAGCUCAUCAGCUUGGAUCCUUUCGAUGGCCCCUUGACUUCUAUCCAAAAUCUAGUUAAGCGUAAGUCUGCUAUCACUGAAUGCACACAAGUUGAACGAAGAAACCAUUUUAUGAAGAGCAAAUCUAGAAGAAAGUAAAAUGU